CAGUUGUUUCUUUCUUUUCUUCCCUUAUAUACAUCAAAAAAAGCAGAUAAAAAGUGACGACGAGAUAAUUUUCCCCUUUGUUCUUUUUUUUUUUUAAAUCUUCUAAUCCCAAAUCAUUCCGCAGAUUAGGGUUUCGAAUUUGAGUCUAACGCCCCCAGAAAUUUGUGUUGUGGAUAGAUUCUUCGUGGAAUCUGUUCCCCUGGUUUUAACUUUCUGUUGAAUUUAUACAUGAUGAUGGCUGUUCUACCGGUUAAGUCGCUGCCGGUGGGGUAUAGGUUCCGGCCGACGGACGAGGAGCUGAUCGAUCACUAUCUCCGCCUCAAAAUAAACGGUUUCGAGAAAGAAGUCAGUAUUAUACGCGAAGUGGACAUCUGCAAAUUGGAGCCUUGGGACUUACCUGAUAUGUCAUUGGUCGAGUCGUAUGAUAAUGAGUGGUUCUUCUUCUGCCCCAAGGAUCGCAAGUAUCAGAAUGGUCAGAGGCUGAAUCGGGCUACAGUCAAGGGUUAUUGGAAGGCUACUGGUAAAGAUAGGAAUAUCACCACCCGGAAAGGAGUUAAGAUUGGGAUGAAAAAGACUUUGGUCUUUUACGUUGGUCGCGCCCCAGAUGGCAAGAGAACUCAUUGGGUCAUACAUGAAUAUCGAGCAACAGAUAAGAGCCUCGAUGGCACCCAUCCUGGGCAGGGUGCCUAUGUACUUUGUCGUCUAUUUAGGAAGCAGGAAAUAAAGACAGAUGAGAAUGUUGAAGGUUCAAACUGCGAUGAUGUUGAGCAAACUGUUCCUUCUCCAAGCGUGGCCAAGUCGCCUGUUGAAAAUGGUAAUUCAGAGCCUGUUACUCCAACUGCUGGAUUCCAAGGUGAAAGCCAGCUUCCAAAAGUAGAAACUUCCCCUGCUAUAGCUUCUGACGGAGCCACUGUUCUCAAUCCUUUGCCCAAUACGUGGCAAAAUGAGAAUUGGAUCGGUGAUGAAGUGAAGGAUCAAAUUUUAGAUCCAGCAUGUAUCCCGCCUGAUCCAGAACUGGUGGAAUCAUUAAGAGACAUUUUUGAUGAUCCUAUACCAGAGGGUUUAGACUGGAAAAUGUUCUCGCCACUUCAUUCUCAAUUUCAGGUGGAGCUUGGUUCUGAUUAUCUGUGCAAUCCAGUCGCCAAUGACUUCAUCGACAACAACCAACAGAAGGGGAUUCCUUUUCAAUAUGGGACUAAUGCAUCUGAUAUUAACAAGUUUCUGAGCUCAGUGCUUGUCAGCUCUGAUGAACAUUCACAUGAAGACUCCAGCAUAAAUGCAUUUUCAGCUGUUGAAAAUGGAAGCCCUGAGGUUGCUAAUGCCAUGCCUAAAGCUUUUGGCCAUGAUAAUGGAUCCUGUAGUGAGUCAGAACCAGAAGUUACGCAAGGACAGAUUGAGCCCUUCUUUUUUGAAGGAGACUUUUCACCGAGUUUUCAGCAAGAGGAUCUCUUUCAAUUGCAGAUGGCUGUGGAAAAUGAUGCUUACCAAAACUCCUUUGGCAGUCAAGAGAAAAAAACGGAUGUGAUGGAAAUCAAUAAUCUUGGAUUAGAUAUGUAUUCUGCUGUUCGUAAUGUUGUUCCUGACCCCGGCUUAUGUAAUGCUGAAGUUCUAUAUGAUCAGAGCAACUUCUCAGGCAAUGGCAGUGUUACUACUGGUACUGGAAUCAAACUGAGGGCUCCUCGGAUACGGGAGUGGUCCACGGACUCUAGAUCCAUAGCAGGACAGGGAACCGCAGAGAGAAGAAUCCGUUUCCAAAAGAAACUUCAGAUUGGACCAGUGCAGUGCAGCAUGGUUAAAGAAUCAGUUGGUAGGGAAUUAAAUGACAAAGGAAAACCUGCAGUGGCUGAGGAUGGGAAAGACUCUGAAAGCGCCACAGAUGCUACUCAUACGAGUCUGAAGGGUUCAGUAACAACUUCUCUGGAAAAUAGUUUCACCGCCCCCACCAAAAAAGCAGCUUUGAGUCUGAAGGGUUCAGUAACAACUUCUCUGGAAAAUAGUUUCACCGCCCCCACAAAUAGUUUCACCGCCCCCACCAAAAAAGCAGCUUUGAGUCUGAAGGGUUCAGUAACAACUUCUCUGGAAAAUAGUUUCACCGCCCCCACCAAAAAAGCAGCUUUGAGUGUUAUUCCUUUUUUGAAACCUUCAUCCCCUCUGCUAGUGAUAUCAUUUUUCUGGGUGGUCAUCAUCGUCAUCACAGUCGUCCAUGGCAGCACCUACGCUGAUGAAAAAGAACUUAGAUCCCAGAUUCUCCGGUCAGCAAAGAUGGAUAAAGAUUGGCUGGUUUCCGUAAGGAGGAAAAUCCACGAAAACCCAGAACUUAGAUUCGAAGAACACAACACCAGUGCCCUCAUCCGGAGUGAACUGGACAAACUUGGCAUAUAUUAUGAAUACCCUUUAGCUCACACUGGAAUCGUAGCUCAAAUUGGCUCUGCUUCCUCCCCUGUUGUUGCCUUAAGAGCCGACAUGGAUGCCCUCCCAUUGCAGGAGCUAGUUGAGUGGGAGCAUAAGAGUAAAGUGGAUGGAAAGAUGCAUGGAUGCGGGCAUGAUGCGCACACAACAAUGUUGCUUGGGGCUGCCAAGUUAUUGAAUGAGAGGAAGCACAAUCUCAAGGGUACUGUGAGACUUCUUUUUCAACCUGCUGAGGAAGGAGGAGCUGGGGCACUGCACAUGAUAAAGGAAGGUGCUCUUGGUAAUGCAGAAGCAAUAUUUGGGAUGCACAUUGAUUCAUAUUUACCUACAGGGACAAUUGCCACUAGAUCAGGACCUGUUUUAGCUGCCUCAAGUGUCUUCGAAGCGAGAAUUGAAGGAAAAGGUGGACGUGCUGCGGGACCUCAUCACUCCGUGGACCCAAUCCUUGCAGCGUCCUCCGUGAUUUUAGCACUGCAGCACAUCACCUCCAGGGAAAUGGAUCCUCUCGAAAGUCAAGUUCUUUCGAUCACUUUUGUGAGAGGUGGAUCAGCACUGAAUGCAAUUCCUCCCCAUGUUGAACUAGGAGGAACCCUCAGAAGUCUGACCACAAAUGGCCUGUAUAGACUCAUGUCAAGGGUGAAAGAGGUUAUUGAGAAGCAGGCAAUGGUGCACAGAUGCAAAGCCUACGUUGACCUAAAAGAGACAGACUUGGUACCGUACCCAGCUUGCACAAACGAUGAGAGCUUACACAAUCACGUCCAAAAAGUUGGCAAGCUCCUCCUCGGCCAGGACCGUGUCCAAGAGGCGAAAAAAGUGAUGGCCGGUGAAGACUUUGCCUUCUAUCAAGAGGUGAUCCCAGGAGUGAUGUUCAGCAUAGGGAUCAGAAACGAGGAUAAAGGGUCCUUUCAUUCGCCACACUCACCAUACUUCUUUCUGGAUGAGGACGUGUUACCAAUCGGUGCAGCUCUGCAUACUGCUAUUGCAGAAACAUAUUUGAAUGGUUUCCAGCAGCACAAAGUGUGA